AUGCCCCGUACACUGGAGCAGGAGGCGCGACCUUCUCCGGCUGGUGUCCCGGAUUCGAUAUCAUUCUCUACAACUACAUCUGCUACUCCCGUACUUGGAACAACUCUGCGGAAGCGCCACACUGUCCUAUCUUCACACACGAGCCAGGAGAAGAUGUCGGAGUCGGGCGCGAUUGGCGAAGAAAGCGCCACCAUGGCGAGCAGGAACCAAUGGAUUGUACUUGCAAUAGCCAGCGGUGCUUGCGCUGCAUUCAACGGAGUUUUUGCUAAAUUGACCACCAACGAUUUAACGUCACAUAUAUCGCGAGGAGUCGCAAAAGCCUUUGGCUUAGCUGCUGUUGAAAAUGUCAUUGAAGUGGUUGUUCGCGCUUCAUUCUUUGGUCUCAAUCUAGUGUUCAAUGGCGUGAUGUGGACACUUUUCACAAAAGCACUCGCAAGGGGUAAUUCCACGACGCAAGUGUCCAUUAUGAAUACGUCCACCAACUUCAUGAUCACUGCCUUGCUAGGUCUUAUUAUUUUCUCCGAGUCUCUGCCACCACUUUGGUGGCUUGGGGCGGCCAUGCUAGUCGCAGGAAAUGUGAUAAUUGGCAGAAAGGAUGAGAGUAGCAGCUCUGAAGACGACGAUAGCAUCUCAGUGGCUGAAUCCACAUCCAGCAUCACAGCUUAUCAGGAUGUGCCUCAGGUUGCGGGUAUCGCUCCUGUUGAAAAGGAUGACGAAGAUGAAGAUAUUGCACUCCUUGGCGAUCUAGAUUAG